UAAUUUUGAGGAUUGCAUCGCUGCAGUGUGUGUGAAUUGACUUUGAGUGGAUAUAAAAAAGUGACAAUGAUUAAGUUAUUUUCUCUAAAACAACAGAAAAAAGACGGCGUAGACGUCAGUGAGAAAUCCGGAAGCCAAAAGAAAGCGUCUGCAGCCCAGUUAAGAAUACAAAAAGACAUCAAUGAAUUGAAUUUACCAAAGACAUGUCAAGUAGAUUUUCCCGACUCAGAUGAUCUUUUAAACUUCAAAUUAAAUAUUUGCCCAGAUGAGGGAUUUUACAGAGCUGGACGAUUUGUGUUCAGUUUUAAAGUUGGCCAGGGCUACCCUCAUGAUCCACCCAAAGUAAAGUGUGAAACCAUGGUCUACCAUCCAAAUAUAGACCUAGAGGGAAAUGUGUGUCUCAACAUUUUAAGAGAGGAUUGGAAGCCGGUGUUAACAGUCAACUCAAUAGUAUACGGACUACAGUAUUUGUUUCUAGAACCCAAUCCUGAAGAUCCUCUAAACAAGGAAGCAGCUGAGGUACUCCAGAACAACCGCAGACUGUUUGAGCAGAAUGUGUCCAAGUCUAUGCGUGGAGGUUAUAUAGGAUCUGUGUACUUUGAUAGAUGUUUAAAAUAAGAUCAGGUUAUCUCAAAACAAAAAUAUAUAUAUGAAGGCAUAUGGACACACAGACGCAUGGACAUUUGGAUUAAUUUGACAGACAUGUUUUUAAAAUAUAAGUGCUGUGACAGUCUGAGAUUAAGACAUGGUACAUGUGUGAUGUUUGUAUCAACAGGUUGUUUACAGGCUGUGUGUGGCUCUCGACCAGUGUCGGGAGGUGAGUGAGUGAUCACUGUUGUUUCACAAGUCGUGGAAUAUACACUGUAGUGGUUAGUCAGGUCUCAUCUAUAUUAAGCUGAAGCUGACAAGUGCUUCAUUUUAGAAUUGUUGAUUUAUAAAUGGUAUUGCUAACACUUGUUCACUUUCAUAUAUAGGGAUCCAGCAACAGAUGCCUAUAUAUGAAUUAACAUGUGUAUGUCAAAUCCUUGUUUAAAAACAGCUUGUUGAAUAUUAGGGCGCUUUCGCGUAAGCAUUUGAAACAAUAGGACUGGUUGAUCGAACCUGCAAGAAAAACGCCAGGUACAGAUCAGAACUGAGGCUGGACUGCUGAAUAUUUGGGGUCCAGCUAUACCUGUCUGAAACUAACUUGCUGAAUAUCAUUACCUUUUAGAAUUGCAACAUAAAAAGAAGGGUCAGUGGACUCACACAUUUGUGGAAGCAUUGUGCUAUAAAGUAUGUGUGAAAUGGAUUGUAUCUUAAUUUUUAGUUAAUAGAUUCAUGCAUGACAGGAAAUUCUGAAAAUGUGCAUUUUGAGCUUUACAUAUAUGAGGUCCAACAUCCGGCACAAGUGCAUUGGUCCAUAGUGGAAUAAUUCUAGACCACCUGAACCAUUUCAACCAGGUUACUCGAAUGCAGCCCUAGUGUAUUCCAUGCUUGUUUCCAAGAUAUUUAAAUUAAUGUAGUGUGAUAAAUGGCCUGGGCCCCAUUUCUUUGUUCCAACAUUCUGAUCUGUAUGCACACAUGAUUAGUAUGUAAAUUGUAUGUAUCAGUAUGCCUGUUUGGUGCCUCAGAAAUAGUUCAUCACUGUAGUUAUGUAUAACGAAUAAUUAUAAGAUGUAUCUAGAAAAGAUAUGGAUAUUUCCUACACAAUUGAUUAUGUAAAUAUCUCCAGAAAUGUGUUAUUUUAAGAUCAUCAACUAUCUGCUGGAUUUUGAUUGGCUGAUUUCACUAGUAACUUAAUGACCUAUUGAUGAUGGAAUGGAUACAUAGUAAAUUAUCCUAUCACAGAGGUGUACAACACUGCAAGCACACUGCACAGGACUCUUAGUGUAAAUCAGGACAAAUAAAGCUGCUCAACAUUUACUACAAAUUACAGAAUAGUACUCCAUGUAUAAAAUGUGCAAGUCUUUUCCUCAUGAAACAUACAUGUAUAAUGUAACUCUCAAUUUGAAUUAUUUGGAUGAAUACUGUACAAGACUUGGCAGCAUCACUUUGGAAUAGUUAUGUGGUAAGUUUUUGUACAUUGUCUUUGGUUAUAGAACUGAUUUGAUGUGGAAAAAAUAUGAAUGUAUCAAACACCAGCAAAUUACAUUAAAGAUAGGACAUAAAAGAACCUACCAUUAUUUAUAAACAUACAAGGAUAUAUUUACACGAUAAACCUUCAUGUUUCUGUUCUAAGAACAUGUAAGUUUGCAUUGAGUAUUGCUAUAAUAAUUUAUAUCCCAAGGGGUAGUGUUCAUUUUAAAAUACUACUGCUGGUAGUAUGCAUUUUUCAUAAAAAAAAUCUAAUAUAAACCCCUCAUCACUAUUAAGGUGUACUUAAUGUACCAUGUACACUUGAUUUUCUUUACAGAUUAAUUUUGAUUCUGAAACUUGAGGGUAAUGAACCCAAAAGUCCACCCUUUUCUUCUGCCAAGAUAUGUGUAGUUACAAUAGAUGCAUUGUAUUGAAAGUUUAAAAAAGACUAUCUAAUGGUAUUAAAAUAUUGUUUAAAAUGUGA